AUGUCGAAGAAUCCAUCGCAUCCGUCGUCGACGACGCGUCCGACGUCGACGUCGUGGGAGACGCACCGCGCGCCGGACGGACGGACGUAUUACUACGACCCCGUGACGAAGCGAUCGACGUACGAGAAGCCGGAGGAGAUGAUGAGCGUGAUGGAGCGCGCGGAGGCGUCGACGCGGUGGCGGCGGUUCGAAACGCCCGCGGAGAGCGAUGGAAAGCCGGGAAGGGAGUACUGGGCGCACCAAGGGACGGGAGAGACCACGUGGGAGGUUCCGAGGGCGAUCGUGGAGGUGAGAGAGGCGGUGCGAAGGGCGGAACAGAAGAAGGCGAGCGGAGGCGGCGAGCGCGGGGCGAAGAGCGAACCGGGACGGACGGACGAGGAAUCGUUGACGAUCGUGCGACCGACGUACGCGUCGGUGGAGGAGGCGAAGGAGGCUUUCAAGAAGAUGCUCGCCGAUCACGGCGUUCGUGGGUCGACGAAGUGGGAGGAGGUGGUGAAUCGCUGCAAGGCGGAUGCGCGUUUCGGUGCGCUCGGAUCGACGGGCGAGAAGAAGCAGUGUCUGAACGAGUAUCAGCAGGCGCGAGCGAAGAUGGAGCGCGAGGCGCGCAGAAUAGCGGAGAAGAAGGCGCGAGAGGCGCUUCGAACGCUUUUGGAGGAGCGGAGGGAGCGUUUGGGGUUGACAUCGAGCUCGAGGCUGACGAGAGACGGGCCGAUUGAGGAGGCGCUUCGGGACGAUCCGAGGUGGCGAGCGAUCACAGACGCACGCGAGCGGGCGGACAUAUUCGAGGAUUUUACCCGCGAUUUACGUAUUCGAGAGCAGCGUGAGCGCGAGCGGAGCAAGACGAACCGCGCGCAGUCGUUCAAGGAGUGCUUGUUGGAGGCCGGCGCGACGGCGGAGUCGCUGUGGCGAAAAAUUCGAGGCGUCGUCCAGCACGACGAGCGAUACACAUCGUGCGAGCCGGUCGAACGCCUGGAGGUGUUCGAGAAGCUACUUCGUGAGUUACAAGUCAAAGAGGAGGCAAAGGUCGAGGCUGAGCGCGCGGCCACGGCGAGGUCGGAGCGCAAGCGAAGGGAGGCUUUCGUCGAGCUCCUGAAUGAGGCGAAAUCCGACGGAGUCAUCGAGCCCAGGAUGCCUUGGAAAUCCUUCGUCCCUCGCAUCGAAAACGACCAGAGGUACACGAACGCGUGCGAAAACAUCGACGGCAGUCGUCCACGGGAGCUCUACGAGGAUGUCAUCGAUGAGAUCGAGGACGAGAUCGAUCAAAAGCUCGACGAUUUCGAGGACUUGCUCCGGGAAGGGUACAAGGCGCGCGAGCUCUUUGGCAACACCACGUGGGAGAAGGCUGAAAAACUGUACAGGCACGACAAAGCGUGGAAAGAGGCGCCCAAGGAAGAGGCGAAGAAGCUCUUCGUGAAGUUCAUCGCCAAGGUGUUUCGUCGUGAACAAGAGAAGGAGCGGCUACGCAGGGAGGAGCGCGACGGCCGCAACGAGCGAGACGAGAGGUCUUUGAAAAAAUCGCGCCGCGAUCGAAGUCGUAGUAGGUAUUAA